CUAAAAAGUUAUGACUGAAAAUACUGCUUGCUGAUUUAUCAUAGGAGAGAAACACCAUUAGCUAGACGAAAAAAUACAGUUUAUAAAACAAACGAACGGCCUAAAACAUAGCAAAUCAAAUUAAAAAUAUAGAAGACUAUGGCCGGGACGUAGCUGCUCGGAGGCCGGAAUGACCAGAUUGCUCGAAACGAGAAAAACCGGGGGAAGAGACUGCGAAAGGAGGCCGGAACGGGAAGGAUGCAGCGAGAUCGAUUUGACCACCACCUCCUCUUCCUCGCCGUCCCCUCCUCCUGAAUGGCGACAUCCUCCUUCCCCUCAAAUCUCUCCUCUUUAUUUCCUUCUCCUCCUCCUUCUCCUCGUGCGCUCCUUGCUCCCCUCAAAUCGCCUCGCCCCGUGCUCCCCGCUCAAAACCCUAGCCCUGCCGCAGCCGCCUUCCAUGGCUGCGGAUUUCCGCACCCCCGACCGCCUCCUGCCCGCCGCAGCUGAGGACCCGACGACCCCACAGGGCCACCCUCCCAAUCCGGUGCUUAGCACCCCCGCCGUCCCCGACGCCACCCACGAUGGCCUCCGCUUCUGGCAGUACAUGCUCGCCGGCUCCGUCGCCGGCGUCGUCGAGCACACGGCGAUGUUCCCCGUCGACACCCUCAAGACCCACAUGCAGGCCAGCAUGCCGCCCUGCCGACCGGCGCUGUCUCUGAGGGCGGUCCUGCGCAACGCCGUGGCCAGCGAGGGCGGCGCCCUCUCCCUCUACCGGGGACUCCCCGCCAUGGCGCUCGGUGCGGGCCCCGCCCACGCCGUCUACUUCUCCGUCUACGAGUUCGCCAAGUCGGCCCUCACCGACCGCCUCGGCCCCAACAACCCUGCCGCGCACGCCGCCUCCGGGGUCGUCGCGACCGUGGCCAGCGAUGCGGUCUUCACGCCUAUGGACACCGUCAAGCAGCGGCUGCAGCUCACCAGCAGCCCUUACACGGGCGUAGGGCACUGCAUCCGCACCGUGCUGCGCGACGAGGGGCCUGGCGCCUUCUUCGUUUCCUACCGGACAACCGUGGUCAUGAACGCACCCUACACCGCUGUCCACUUUGCAACCUACGAGGCGGCCAAGCGGAUGCUCGGGGACAUGGCCGCCGAUGAGGAGUCCCUCGCCGUACACGCCACCGCUGGGGCCGCAGCAGGGGCACUUGCCGCGGCGGUCACCACGCCCUUCGAUGUUGUCAAGACGCAGCUACAGUGUCAGGGUGUGUGUGGCUGUGAGCGCUUUUCAAGCAGCUCAAUAGGUGAUGUGUUCAGAACAAUCAUAAAGCGAGAUGGGUAUUCCGGGCUCAUGAGGGGAUGGAAGCCAAGAAUGCUGUUCCAUGCACCUGCAGCUGCGAUAUGUUGGUCCACAUACGAGGCCUCGAAGUCAUUUUUCGAAAGGUUCAAUGAAGAAAGGCGGAAAUAGUCUGGGCAUUUCUCUAAGCCCCAUGUACUUUUCCUGAAGUCAAUGUACUUCUACACAGAAGAAGAAGCAUACUUGCUCAGCUGACAGAAAGACGUAGCUCCAGGAUGCAUUUGUUGUGAUGUUGUGCCCAAGAGCUAUCACGGGGAAUUGAGACGUGGCACAUCAAUAUCUGUCUAACGAAGAGCUGUCAGUACCAUGUUUUCUUUCCAGAUAAUUUGGUGUACUAUUUUUUCCAGCCUCGGGUUGAGGAAAUAAUAGGAGAGAAUACUUCUUUUUCCAUGUCUUGAUCAGAAUUGCUCAGUGUCAGCAAGCUUAUCUGCAUUGUUGUAUGGGCCCAGAUUUUUUUAUAAUGCAAAGGCUUUGGUUUCGUUGAACA